AUGGCAGCCUCUUGGUGUGCCCUGCGUGGUGGCCGUCAGUUGGCCCUGCGAACGCGCGUGCGCGUAGGCCCUUCACCAGUGGCAUUGCGAACGGCAGCGGUGACACCGAUCAAUAUUGCUCGUCGCGCCCUACACAGCUCCAACAAUGCCAAUGGCAACGCUACAACGACAACACCUCGUCGUGGUGUCUACACAAGCUCCGUGAACGCUCAUGGUGUCCCUCACCCGGAGGACAUCUUCCAACCCCUCGAUACUUUCCCUCGUCGCCAUAUCGGCCCAUCUCCCGAGGCCGCCUCAGGCAUGCUAGCUGCAUUGGAUCCCCCCGUUGCUUCUCUGGAUGAAUUUGUGAAGCAGGUGCUGCCAGCGGACAUUCUGUCCAAAAAGGACAUGAAGGUGUCGGAACCACAGGUCGACAUUAAUCUGUACAGGUCACCCAUCCAGGGUGGUCUUGGUGAGACGGAUAUGCUGAAACUGCUGGACUCAUACCGCAAGCAGAUCGACAUCUCAGGCAAGACCUACAUUGGCACUGGCUACUAUCCGACCAUUGUGCCGCCAGUGAUUCUUCGCAAUGUCCUCGAGAACCCCGCUUGGUACACCAGCUACACACCCUACCAGCCCGAGAUCUCCCAAGGCCGUCUCGAGUCUCUGCUCAACUUCCAGACCUUGACCGCUGACCUGACGGCCCUGCCCUUUGCCAAUGCCUCCGUCCUAGACGAGGCCACGGCCGCUGCCGAGGCCAUGACCAUGUCAUACGCCACCAUGCCUGCUUCCAAGCAGAAGAAAGCCGAGAAGUCCUACGUGGUCUCGCAUCUCUGCCACCCGCAGACCAUUGCCGUGAUGCAGUCGCGUGCCGAGGGAUUCGGGAUCAAUCUGGUGAUUGGGGAUAUCAUGGCCAAUGACUUCCAGCUUGUCAAGGACCAGGGCGACCACCUCAUUGGUGUGUUGGGUCAAUACCCGGAUACGGAGGGUGGUAUCUACGACUUCCAGUCCCUUAGUGAUUCCAUCCACAGCCAGGGUGGUACCUUCAGUGUUGCAACCGAUCUUCUCGCAUUGACUGUCCUCAAGGCCCCCGGUGAGUUUGGUGCCGACAUUGCUUUCGGCAGUGCCCAGCGAAUGGGUGUCCCAAUGGGCUUUGGCGGUCCCCAUGCGGCUUUCUUCGCCUGCGCCGACAAGUACAAGCGCAAGGUCCCCGGCCGUGUUGUGGGUGUGUCCAAGGACCGUCUGGGUAACCGGGCUCUGCGUCUGGCUCUGCAGACUCGCGAGCAGCACAUUCGUCGUGAGAAGGCCACAAGUAACAUUUGUACUGCUCAGGCUUUGCUAGCCAACAUGACUUCCAUGUACGCCAUCUACCACGGUCCCGAAGGCCUCAAGGCAAUUGCUCAGCGCAUCAUGUCUAUGACUUCAUUGCUCCGUGAGAAGCUGGUGGGCCUGGGAUACAAUGUUCCAAUUCGGUCUAACGUUGACGGUGGUGCCAUCUUCGACACCUUGGCCAUUGAGCUUGCUGAUGCCUCCGAGGCUGAUGCCGUCUACGCUGCUGCUCUCAAGGCCAACAUCUUCCUCCGUCGUCUCGACGGCAACAAGGUCGGUCUGUCGCUAGACGAGACUGUGGGCCGCGAUGAGGUCAAGGGUAUCUUGGAUGUCUUUGCCGCCUACAAGGGUGCUUCCCCUGUUCAGGUGGAUGGCACACUGGCGCUGGCCUCUGUUGCUGCUCCUCUCGAACGUACGUCUGCUUACAUGACUCACCCCGUGUUCAACACCCACCACUCCGAGACCGAAAUGCUUCGCUACAUCCGCCACCUCGAGUCCAAGGAUCUCUCUCUUGCCCACUCCAUGAUUCCCCUCGGAUCAUGCACCAUGAAGCUGAACGCUACCACUGAGAUGAUUCCAGUCUCGUGGCCCGAGUUCUCUCAGAUCCACCCCUUUAUGCCCGCCGAAAAGGCCAAGGGCUACAUCAAGAUGAUUGACGACCUUGAGGCUCAGCUGGCCGAUAUCACGGGUAUGGCCGAAGUGACGGUGCAGCCCAAUUCUGGUGCGCAGGGUGAAUUCGCCGGUCUGCGCGUCAUCAAGAAAUACCAGGAAGCUCAGGGAGACGCGAAGCGCAAUGUUUGCCUGAUUCCUGUCUCUGCGCACGGGACUAACCCAGCCUCGGCUGCUAUGGCUGGUAUGCGCGUUGUGACUAUCAAGUGUGAUACCAAGACCGGUAACUUGGAUCUGGAUGACUUGAAGGCCAAGUGUGAGAAGCACAAGGAUGAGCUCGCCGCUUUCAUGAUCACCUAUCCCAGCACAUUUGGUGUCUUUGAACCUGGUGCCAAGGAGGCGUGCCGCCUGGUCCACGAGUUCGGCGGUCAAGUGUACAUGGACGGUGCGAACAUGAACGCUCAAAUUGGCUUGUGCUCCCCUGGCGAGAUUGGCGCGGAUGUCUGCCACUUGAACCUGCACAAGACCUUCUGUAUCCCCCACGGCGGCGGUGGUCCCGGUGUUGGACCUAUUGGUGUUGCUGCCCAUUUGGCUCCCUAUCUUCCCUCUCACCCGACGAGCGAGUACCUUCAGACCAAGCGUGGGUCUUCAGCGUCUCCGCCCAUCAGUGCUGCUCCCUGGGGCAGCGCCAGUAUCCUUCCCAUCACCUUCAACUACAUCAACAUGAUGGGCGACCGCGGUCUCACCCACGCCACCAAGAUCACCCUCCUGAACGCCAAUUACCUCCUCUCUCGUCUCAAGGGGCACUAUCCCAUCCUCUACACCAAUGACCACGGCCGUUGUGCUCACGAAUUCAUUCUCGACGUUCGAGGCUUCAAGGAGACCUGCGGCAUCGAAGCCAUCGACAUUGCCAAGCGUUUGCAGGAUUACGGAUUCCACGCCCCGACCAUGUCUUGGCCCGUUGCCAACACGCUCAUGAUCGAGCCCACCGAGUCCGAGAACAAGGCCGAACUCGACCGUUUCUGCGAUGCCCUCAUUUCUAUCAGAGCUGAGAUCGCCGAGGUCGAGGCAGGCAAGCAGCCUCGUGAAGGCAAUGUUCUGAAGAAUUCUCCCCACACCCAGCGUGACUUGUUGUCCAGUGAAUGGAACCGAUCAUACACCCGAGAGGCUGCCGCCUACCCCCUUCCUUGGCUGUUGGAGAAGAAGUUCUGGCCCACUGUUACGCGUGUUGAUGAUGCUUACGGGGACCAAAAUCUCUUCUGCACCUGCGGCCCCGUCGAUGAGACUGAAUAA